AUGAAAGCUCCUAUUCCCAACUUGAUUCUUUUGUAUGCUACUCUAACUCAGAGCUUGAAGGUUGUGACCAAAAGGGGAUCAGCUGAUGGAUGCACUGACUGGUCUGUGGAUUACAAGAAAUAUCAAGUACUAGUGGGAGAACCUGUUCGUAUAAAGUGUGCGCUCUUUUAUGGAUACAUUAGAGCUAAUUACUCCCUAGCCCAAAGUGCUGGACUUAGUUUGAUGUGGUACAAAAGCUCUGGACCUGGAGAUUUUGAGGAACCUAUAGCUUUUGAUGGAACUAGAAUGAGCAAAGAAGAAGACUCCAUUUGGUUCCGACCAACAGUGUUACAAGACAGCGGACUCUAUGCAUGUGUUAUAAGAAACUCAACUUACUGUAUGAAAGUGUCCAUUUCGCUGAUGGUGGGUGAAAAUGACACUGGACUCUGCUACAAUUCAAAGAUGAAAUAUUUUGAAAAAGCUGAACUUAGCAAAAGCAAGGAAAUCUCAUGCCCUGAAAUUGAGGAUUUUUUAUUUCCAUUUAGGGAGCCUGAAAUUCUGUGGUAUAAGGAAUGCAAAUCAAAGACGUGGAGAUCAAGUAUUGUUUUUAAAAAGGACACUCUUGUCAUUCGGGAAGUUAGAGAGGAUGACAUUGGAAAUUACACUUGUGAGUUAAAAUAUGGAUUCUUUGUUGUCAGAAGAACUACGGAAUUAACAGUUACAGCACCACUAACAGAUAAACCACCAAAGCUUUUACACCCCUUGGAGAGUAAGCUAACAAUUCAGGAGACCCAGAUAGGUGUUUCUGCAAAUCUCACUUGCCGAGCUUUCUUUGGAUAUAGUGGAGAUGUCAGUCCUUUAAUCUAUUGGAUGAAAGGGGAGAAGUUUAUUGAAGAUUUGGAUGAUAGUCGAGUCUGGGAAAGUGACAUCAGGGUUCUCAAGGAACAUCUUGGGGAACAGGAGGUUUCCAUCUCAUUGAUUCUUGACUCUGUGGAAGAAGCAGAUCUGGGGAAUUACUCAUGCUAUGUUGAGAAUGGAAAUGGACGCCGGCAUGCCAGUAUUCUUCUACAUAAAAGGGAGCUGAUGUACACAGUUGAGCUUGCUGGUGGGCUUGGUGCUAUUCUGCUGCUGCUUGUUUGUUUAGUGACUAUCUACAAGUGUUACAAGAUAGAGAUUAUGCUCUUCUACAGGAACCAUUUUGGAGCUGAAGAACUAGAUGGAGACAACAAAGACUAUGAUGCAUAUCUGUCUUAUACCAAAGUGGAUCCUGACCAGUGGAAUCAAGAAACUGGAGAAGAAGAAAGAUUUGCUCUUGAGAUCCUACCAGAUAUGCUUGAAAAACAUUAUGGGUACAAGUUGUUCAUACCAGACAGAGAUUUGAUUCCCACAGGAACCUACAUUGAAGAUGUGGCAAGAUGUGUAGACCAAAGCAAGCGGCUGAUCAUCGUCAUGACUCCAAAUUAUGUGGUAAGAAGAGGCUGGAGCAUCUUUGAACUGGAAACGAGGCUUCGAAACAUGUUGAUCACAGGCGAAAUCAAAGUGAUACUGAUUGAAUGCAGUGAACUACGAGGAGUUAUGAACUACCAGGAGGUUGAGGCCCUGAAACAUACCAUAAAGCUCCUCACUGUCAUUAAAUGGCACGGACCAAAAUGCAACAAGUUGAAUUCCAAGUUCUGGAAACGUUUACAGUACGAAAUGCCUUUUAAGAGGAUUGAACCCAUCACAAAUGAGCAGGUGUUAGAUGUCAGUGAGCAGGGGCCCUUUGGGGAACUGCAGACCGUCUCUGCAAUUUCCAUGGCUGCUGCCACCUCCACUGCUCUUGCCACUGCCCAUCCAGAUUUGCGCUCCACCUUUCAUAACACAUAUCAUUCACAGAUGCGCCAGAAACACUAUUAUCGAAGCUAUGAAUAUGAUGUACCUCCUACCGGCACCCUGCCCCUUACCUCAAUAGGUAACCAGCACACCUACUGCAACAUCCCCAUGACACUUAUAAAUGGGCAGCGGCCACAGACAAAAACUAACAGGGAGCAGAAUCCAGAAGAGGCUCACACAAACAGUACGAUCCUGCCCCUCUUGCCUCGGGAGACCAGUAUAUCAAGUGUCAUUUGGUGA